CUGAAAUUUCUUUGUCUCCCGAGGACGACGACGAUUUCUCGUUUGUUGCACAGAGAGUUGUCCCCUGUUCAGCCCCUCCGUGUAAUUGUUUAACCGUGGCAUAUACUCUGGGGUAGCGCCCAAAUAAGUGACGCGUGAACGCGUAUUGUCACCAGUGGUGGUGGGGGCUCGGGCUCGGUGUCACGGCCAGUUCCUCGAAAACGGGAAAAGUUUUUCAGUUAUUUUGCUGGCGAAAUUCGUCGUCGGUCGGGGUUGUAAAAACAACCACGGACAAUUUUCACGUCACGUACACGUACACAACGCGAUCGAGCAGCAGCAGAGUAUGCGCUUGCAUGAGCGAGCGCGCGUGUGUGCGUACGAACACGACGGCACGCGGUAGAGUGAACGGGAUAGCACCGCAGAGAUUGGCACAAAAGGGAAAGGCGAAUAUACAACACAGAGUGGACCUCUUCUCAACGACGACGACGCCCGUCGUCGAGUGCAUGUGUUGGUGAAAAGUCGCGGCAUGCCCCGCAAGGGUGUGUGUGUGUGUGUGAGUGCCCCUCAGUUUGACGUGCGUUUCGGCCGCGCUGCUUAUGUUGGCAGUAUUGUGUUUUCAUCGAGUCUAUGCGAGAUGUGAAUCUGUUGUCCGGAGAGUGAUGUAUCGGAGAGAAACCAGGAGAAAUGUUGGAAUAAUAUUUUCGCUUGUUCGGAAUGCUACCGUAGCAUCUCCGUGUGCAAUCGCUGUUAGGAUAUACACAUUGCACCACCAGCAAUUGGGCCCCCAGCUUUCGGACAACGGCGAGGAAGCAUUUACACACGGAUCAGAACGCAGAAACGGCAAUAAGAUUGCUGCGGUGGAAGAGGAGAGUGUUAAUAACCUCUUGAUGUGCAAGUUUUGCUUCCCUCUCUCCUCCUCCUGCUCCUCGUAUGGGACCCAACGAAUGGUUGCCUCUCGGGGAGAGAGAUCACAUCAUUGAAAACGACGGCGAAAACGCAAACCGUGUGUGAAUGGUUGGUUGUUGUUUGCGGGGUGAUUUAGUGUCAAACGCGAGGAACAGCGGUACAGAAACUGUGCGUGAACUUGUGCCAAGUGUCCCCCCGGUUUUGGGUCCAGUGACAAAGUGAAAUACGGUGAACCGCGGAUUACACCCCCGAGUUGUGCGGAUAUUGCAGCCGAACCGUACGGUGGAAAAAUCUUUCCGUCUCCAUCCAUCCAUCCGACCAUCCGUCGAUCAGACUGCUGCUGUGUGUACAAACACAGAUCGCAUACGCUCCUGCUGCGGUGGUGUUGGUGGCGGCGGCGACUGGCAGCAAAAGCACCACCAAACGAAGAAGCGUGUGAAGUUUUGCAUGAAGCCGACAGCGCUCUGUGUGUGUGCAGUGGUAUUGGUAGCAGCCCCCUUAAGAACGCGUUGUGUCUACCCUUCGACAGUGUGAAUGUGUGUUUGUGGGUUUUUCGGUGUACUUUACAAUCGCUCUCCCCCAAAAAAGUGUGUACAAUAGGGAAAAAAUCAUGUUUUCUAAGCUCCUCCAAUCAAUGAAAGAUUUGGAACAGAUUCUGGGCUGGAAAAAUUAGCGCCGUGUUCGAUUACCGUUGGCGAAAAUCUACGAUAGCGCGUUCCGGAGCAAACAAAAAAAAACGAAGGCAAAGGAAUUGUACCGUGUUGUUCGCAGCAAAUCGGUGUUCCCGCAAGUGUUCUUCCUCCAUUUGGUGUGUGAAUUCAGAGGCCCUUCACACUCGGACUCGGGGAAAAAAAAGAGUGCAAGGCAAAAAUCCGAGCAACCUCUGACAAAUGGAAGUGAUUCCUCGGUGAACCCAGUAGGCCACUGAAAGAAAAAAAAACACGCAAGCAGGCAGGGGAAGGUCACAGGGAAAGCGCUGCUGAUGGCCAAACACAACAAGACGGGGAAUGCGCUCCUUCGCCAUUGAGUUUCGAAUUUCGUGUGUCUGUCCGGCCAUAAUCAUCGCGAUCCGCAAGUGAAAAUCGGGGCCCGCGCGGAAGCAUAGGAAUCAAUAGGUGCGUGCGUGCGUGUGCAUGCAUGUGUGUGGUCAUUCUUUUAUCGUUGCCGUGAAUAAAAGGUGCCGAAUAAUCAAUCAACCGAAAUGAAUUAAUUAAAGUGCGAAUAAAAGAAGCAGCAGCAGCGAAGGAAGAAAAAAAAAGUGAGAAGAAGGCGGAAGUUCAUUCCGCAGAAAGUGGCGCACCGAGAGUCCUCCUCGGUCGGUGUCAAUCGGAUCCCCCAAGUUUCCACCCCCGCGCCCUCGUGUGAAUGUCAGCCAGCAGCCAGCAGUGGUGCGUGUGAAUCGGCCAGUGUUGUGCGGGGUUGUCUUUGUGUGCGUGCACACCACUGCCGUGUGUCUCUCUCUCCAUUGUUAUCUGAAAUCGAUUGACGACGACGACGUCGCGCUUGUCAACUAUAUUCUUCUUCGAUAGAGAGAGGGCAAAAUAAUCAAAUAAUUCGGUGUGAUUCAGUGCAAAAAAAAAAAAGAGAAGCAAGCGAGAAAAAUAUUGCAUACAAGAAAUUACGUGAAAAUCGAAAAAAGAAAAGUUCAAGUGAAGUGUUUGUAACGACCACAACAACAACAACAACAAAGCAAGCAAGGAAAAAAGUGGUGCCCCCCCCUCCUCCACAUCUCUAGUGUGCAGUGUGUAAUAAUGUGUCCCGGGUGUUGCGGGGUAAAGCCAUGGAAAUAGAUGUGAAGCAGAGUAAGCAGCGCAACAAACGACGGGAACGGGCCCAACGUAUGAUAGCCGAGCGGGAUAAGGAUGCUGCUGGUGCCACCGAUGGUGCUGCUGCCGCCGCGGCCGCUGCUGGUGCUGCAGCGGGUACGGGUACGGGUGCGGGAGGCGGUCCAGGCACCGUUGUUGGGGCCGGCGGACCCGGUGGCGGUGGCAUCAUCGAUCCGGACGACAGUGCCGACGAGGAUAUGCCGGUGAGCCACCGCGAGAAGCCACCGCGGCCCCCGGCCCGCCGCAAGCGCAAGGAGAAGGAUCCCACGCCGGUGCUGGAGGAGGAUAUCAUCGAUGGCUUCGCCAUCCUCGCGUUCAAAUCGUACGAGGACCUAGAGUUCGCGAUCAAAAUCGCAAGCAAGCGCAAUGAGAAGCGAUUAUCGUCGAUCGUCGAGCUGACCUCGAUAAUGGUCGAUGAUAAGCCGCCCAAGAUCAUCGAUACGACCGCCCAGAAGCUUGACCAGCAGAAGGCGAACAGCGAGAGGCUGGCGGCCGAAGCCGCCCGUGAUUCUUGGACACUUAACAACAAUAACAACAACAACAACAACAACAAUGCUAGCGCUAAUAAUAGUAAUAACAACAAUGGCAACAACUUGUCGGCGACGGUGACGGCGGCUGCCACUGUGGUCAGCAACAAUGGCGCCACGCCUACGGGUGGCGUAAACAAUCCCCCGAAUGGUGGUGGUGGUGGCGGAAACCCCGUAAGCAAUGUCGGAAGCAGUUGUAGCAGUAGUAGUAGCAACAGCAGCAUUAGUAGUAGUUUAGGUGGCGGCAGCGGCAUCAGCAGCAGCAGCAGCAGUGCUGCCAGCGCAAUCGCUGUGGGCAGUAGCAACAGCAACGGAAGCAGCAGUAGCAGUCUCAGUGCUAUCUGCUCCGGUACAAGCAGUAGCAGCAGUAGCAGUAGCAGCAGCAGUAGUAGUAGCGGUAUCGGAAGCAGUAUUAUUAGCAGCAAUGGCACCGUCGUUGGCAGCGGAAUGGGCAGCGGCAGUGCGGUCAGUGUCAAUCACACCAACCAUAACCUGUCGUUGCCGCCAAACAUCGAUCCCGGUACCUCGGACGACAGUGGCAGGGCUUCGGAACGGCUAACCACAUCGUCGGUUGCCCAGCGGGACCCGGACAGCUCCCGGGAUCGGCUCAGCGACGCCAGCAGCCGGUGCAGUUCCGGCAAAGGAUAUAUCUGUGAUAGCGAGGGCGACGAUGAUAAGGGUUCUGAUGGAGGGUCAGUCGUUUUUGCAUCCACACCACAAACGCAGGCAGUGCCCCCGGUGGGAGCGGCCGCACCCAGCCCGGCGGCCCCACGCAAGUCGGACUUCCCACCGACCGGACUGCCCCUCAGCAAUGGGCCGCUUGCGGGACUGGCCGGCAGUGCCAGCCCGGUACCGGUCCCGCCCGGAGCCAAUGCAGGUCCUGCUCCGCCGGCGCCCUCUCCUGCCCCAGCAGCACUUCCACCGCCCAGCCUGCCACCGCCUUAUCCUUCGACGCCGAUGCAGGUAUCGAACGGUCCGAUAGGUGCCCACCUAACAGCAAUCGGAGGCCACCCGGCCGCUGUGGCGUCGCCUCUAUCGCAACAACCGGUAGCGUCACCCCAGCAGCCACAACCUCCGGCAUCGCCCCACACCGCUGGUCUCAGCAGUAAGCCCCUGCUGCCGACGGCGUCCGCCAAAAUUCCUGCGACGGGUGGCGGCGGCGGCGGCGGUCCUUUGAGUACAACGACGGCGACAACGACUGCAGCAGCGACGACAGCAAUAUCGGUAGCAGCCCAGCAGAAGCAAGGAUCUCCUCAGUCACCGCUGCAGCACGGCAUCGGAUCGGUUCCGUCGCCCGCGAUGCAGCAACCUCCAACGCCACAAUCUCAACCGCCUCCCUCGCCCCAACAGCUGCAACCCCAACAGCACAGUAGCAACAGCAACAGCAACAGCAGCACCAAUAACAGUGGCGGCGGCGGCGGCGGUGGCGUGGUGAAGCCUUCGUCGGUUCCGAGUUUUAUCGGAGCUGGUUCCUCAUUUGCAACGGCAACAAGUGCAAUGGCUUCGCUACCGAAUGGUUUACCGCUUCCGGCAAGUGUCCCCAUCGGACCAACCAAUCUCUCCAAUAGUUUAGGACCGGCCGGCGGUGGUGGCCAACCGCAGCACAACAGUAGCAACACAAGUGGUAACAGUGCGGCACCUUCCUCGCUGCCACUGAAUGUACCGCAUACCCCACCAGCGGCAACGCCCGCUAGCGGCCAAAGUCCGGCCAUCCAUCCCACGGUAGAAAGCUCCCUAGCGGCCUCGGCAAGCGGACUUCGGACGCACAGCCCAGCGGUAGCGACCAGUGCGGCCCUCUCGGCUGCGGUAACCCCAACCGGACUGUUCAAUGGAUCUCACAUGACACAUCACGCCGGAAUACCCCCUUCGGCCUCGAUGAUGAUGCCAAACGGUCUUGGCAGUAUACCUCCUCACUACCGAACGGCAUACCCCGGCUAUCCACCGUUGUACACUCCGUACGGAAGUUUCAACCACAACCCAUAUCUGCCACCCUCGGUUUCCGCACCUAACCUAUCACCCCGCAUGCAUCCGGGUGCCCCUCCAGGACUUGGCGGACUACCUCCUUCUAUGAUGGGUCUAGGCCUAAUGGACUCCCGGCUGCAGCAACAUCCCCUGUCCGGAACGAACGGCAGCCCAUCGCAAACCCGCGAUCGCGAUGCUUCCCCAAUGGCGCAACCUCCCUCGAAGACCAUGCGACCAAUCACCCCGAACGCCAACAGUAACGGUAGCAAUAGCAACUCAUCGUCCACUCCUUCGGCGACGGCACCUCCUCCCUCCGCGAGUGGACUCGUUCCGCCCCAGUCCUCCCACAUACCUUCGCCACACGGCGGGUUAAGCACAGCGAUCCCGCCGGGAGCGACACCUCCUUCAUCACAUCCGCUUAGGGAGCACCAGCAGCAGUCGCAACCUCCACCAAUGUCGCAUCCAAGUUCCGGCGGCUCUCAUCUCUUACCUCCUCAUCAUCCGGCGGGGCAGCAACAACCGCCACCGCUCUCUCACCACCAGCAGCAGCAGCAGCAGUCGGCAUCGCUUUUAGUGGGUCCUUCCUCGCAUCAUCCGCUGGUGGGAGGACCUCUGCCACCCGGGCUAACGCCCGGAAGUCACCACCUGCCCCCGGCAUCGCAUCAUCCUCCUACCAGCAGCGGCAGCAGUAGUAAUAAUAGCAAUAAUCCCCACCCACAUUCGGCUUCCAGCAAUAGCAUUGCACGGACCCACUCGCCCCGUGGUCAUAGUCCCAAUAGAGAAAGAGAUAGUUAUAGUAGUAACAUAAGUAGUUUAUCUCGAUCAACGCCCGGUUCGGCACUACCGUACGGCAGUGGUAGCAGCAGCACGAGCAGUGCAAGCACCGGUGGCCCCCCACCGGGUCCAUCCCCGACGCUUCCCUACAGUUCGGCAGGUCCACCCGCACUGUCCUCCCCGGCAGCCCUAGCGGUCUCGUCGGCGGCUUCGUCAGCCGUUUCUUCUAGUCUCACCUAUCCCAAACCUUCACUAACCACCGGCAAUAGUAGCAGCACGAGCAUUUCCGGUAACAGCAGCAGCAGUGGUGGGCUACCAUCGUCAGGACCUCCCGGAUGGCCCCCAUCAAUGCAACACUCGAGUGCGGCAGCUGCAGCCGCCGCUGCAGCAGCAGCUACGGGAGCACCUUUAUCGCACUCACCGGCAGCACCCGGCCUGAACAACAGCAAUUCUUCCUCUCACUCACGACCAAGCCCUUCACCUUCUGCCUCGUCCGGUGGACCAACACCCACAGGCGGCCAGCCGCCGGCUUCGCUCUCCUCGGCACCACCGUCAUCAUUCCCGGCGCCUCUCUUCGCGGCGCCACUACCGCCGCCCGUCGUCUCGACGGCCACAACACCCUCGCAACCGACGGCCCCACUGCCCUUCUCAGCCGAGUCACUCUUCUCAACGAAAGUGUCCGACCAAGCGGAUAUGUUGCGGCGCGAAUUGGACAACCGGUUUCUGGACCGAAGUGGACUCAGCUCGGUUCAACCCUCGCCCUAUCUGAGGCAGGAACUGCAUCACCACCAGCAUCAGCACACCCAUCUCCAUCAGCACCAGCACCAACAUCAGCAUCAGCCGAUCCUACCGACGGCGGCAUCCGCUUCGCCUGCCCUCUUCCCGCCACCACUGUUCAAGGAUGUGCCCAAAAUUGGUGCCGUCGAUUCGCCCUUCUACCGGACAGGGCUCGGGAUGCCUGCCUAUCCGGCGUACGGUCCCGGACUGCUCCACCCCGGUCUGAGUGGGCCCACGCAGUUCGUUCCACCCAGCCAUCUGCAGUCGUUCGUCCCGAAGCAACAGGCGCCCCCGGUAGACCCCAACAAGAAGAAAUCCGGCAAAUGGAACGCGAUGCACGUGCGGAUCGCGUGGGAGAUCUACCACCACCAGGCCAAGCAGAACCCGGACAAGGCGGCCUCGAUGAAGACGGCCAGCGACAUGCUGAGGCCCCCGACCCACAUGUACCCCCCGUCGGCAGCGGCUGCGGCGGCCGCCGCCGGUCUCGUCCGGCCGCACGAGCUUCCCUCCUCGGCGUACCCACCGGGGGCAAUGGCGGGCCGACCGGGCCCGUACGAGUCGUCCCCGCUGCCGCCGAGCUUCAUGGGAUCGGCCGCUAGUCAUUUAGGUGUAUCUCCCUUCGGACGAUACGCGUCCCCCUACGGCGGCUCCCCCUUCAGCGGCAUGUCGCCAUUCUCUCGGGAGAUGCAGAUCGGAUCGCAGAUGCCCGGAGCGCUACACGAUCCGUGGAGAAGAAACCUUUCCAGUGCAAUACCGCGCAGUGUGGGAUCGUACCAGCCGGCACCGCCACCCGGGGCAGGUGGAGCGUGGCCCCCCACCAUCAAGCAGGAUCCCAGCAUAGCGGCCGAGACGGCCCGACGGGAGGCGGAGGAGCGCGAACGACAGCGGGAGCGUGAGGAGCGGGAACGGGAGCGACAGCGGCGAGAGCGAGAGGAACGCGAGAAGCGAGAACGGGAGCGAGAGGAGAAACUCCGGAAGGAGCAACAGGAGCGGGAACGCGAACGCGAGAAGGAACGUGAACGGGAACGGAAGGAGAAGGAACGCAGGGAGAUGGAACGGCGGGAGAUGGAGCGAGAGCGGAUGCUGCAACAGCAGCAACGUGAAUCGAAAGCGGCAGCUGCGGCUGCCAGUGCGAACUCGAUGGUGCGCGAUCGGUCUCCCCUCCGGAAUGGAUCCGAUCUGGAUAUCCGGAUCAAGGAGGAGCCCCGCAAGGACGAGGAAAUGUUGAUACGGAGUCAACAGGCGGCUGCAGCGGCAGCAGCCGCGAGCGAUCCCCGCUAUCACCCCUCGAUGAUGCCCCAUCCGUACAUGACCAGUCGACAUCCGGCCCACAUGAUGCCCGGUGCGCAUCUCUCCCGAUCGAUGCUACCCCCGUCGAUGGGACUCCCGUCACACUUCCCGCCACCAGGCCCCUGGGGUCCCGAUCCCUUCCGGGACUAUCGACUGGAAUCCCUGCAUCAGCUUCGCUACAACCCGCUAAUGGACGUGUACCGUGCGGAGGAAGCCAAAGCCUCCCUGCUGUACGCGGCCCAAUCCGCGGCGCACUACCGCAGCAAAGAACCAAGUCCGGUGCCACCUCCCCAGUCGCACCAUCGGAUGGGUCCGGGACCGCCAGGGCCCGGCGGACCCCAAGGGGGUCCUCCUGGCAGCUUGAAACCACCCUCGUCUCAUCUGGGCCCACCGAGCAACGGUCCGAUGCCGGGUGGUCCCCCGGGCCAACCUGGUGGACCACCACCCGGGUCGGGGGGAAUGCCCGGCGGUGGACCCAUGUCCGUUUCGGUCGAUAUGCACAAAAAGGAAGACUCCUGCCAGUCGCGAUGAUAGUCAUCAGGGUCCGCAUCGUUGAUCGUUAUCGAUGACGAUUGAGGGAGCAGACUAAAAUAACAACAAACUGACGACACGAAACUGUCAAAUGGAGUUCGGCGCGAACAAGCAAAUGUAAACAACAACAGAAAAAAGGUGAAACACACAACAAAUGGUGAUAUUUUUAACAUGUAAUUAGCGAUUACACAAUUGAGGGACACAGUAAAAAAAAGGAAGAGAGAGAGCAAGCAACAGUGGAGCAAAGAGAAUGAGAGAAAGAGAGCAUAUAUGAAAUUUUUAGUGAGAUAUUUAAUAUUAAACACACACAUACACACACACAAAUCGAAUGAAGCAAAACAAAAAUACAAUGUGCAUUUUUUCCAGCUAAAUGGAAAGUGAAAAGAGGAGAUGUAGGACGCAAAUCAGACGAGGGUUAAAACAAUUGAAAGCGUAGUAAUUUUUUUGUUUUAGUUUUUAAGCAACGCAGAAACUUGAUUUAGCGGAAAACGGAAAAAAACAACAUCAACAAACAAAAAAAGGUAAGAGAACCUAAUCCACACAUAUUGUAAUAUAUACUGUAAAUGUUAAGUAGUGAUAUUUGUAUAAACAAAAACCUAAUUUAUAUUGGAAGAGAAAGAAGAAGCAGAAGAAGAAGAGAGAAUGAAAGUAACAACAAAAUUUACCGACGUUAGUAGAGAGAUUUUCAGGUUAGGGGAUAAGUUUACCACAGCUGUUGUAAAUAGUAGAUUUUAUCCCACAGCGCGCUCGGAGGUGGAGGACUGUGUGAGGAGGACAAACAAACAAACAAAGCAAAAGCGACAAACAAGUUGAUCGUUUUCUUCGACUUUUUUCGAUCUUUUCUAUCUCGCUGAGAGGUGCAGAACAAAAUUUGGUGAUCACCACACAAACAUUCGAUCGAAGAUGGCGUUGCAUUUGUACAGAGCUGUAGCUUUCCACAGGUUAGAGCACAAACUGCGUUUAGUGAGUGUGAGCGCGAUAGAAGAAUGCAUGCACACGCAAACACUCUUAAGCCGACCAAAGGGUGCCCACACAGACAAGCCACACACACACACACACCCUUUUCCCACUUUUCCCCCUUUUUGUGAUCCACACAAAAUUUUUGUUUAUUGAUAUGGUUGUGUUAAGAAAAAAAAUGGUUCGUUUGUUUUAUUACCUUUUUUUUAUUCGACAUUUUGUGUAACCUUUUCAAAGCUGGUUUAGAUCUAUCGUGAACAUGAACUUGAAACUUUUUUCGUUAACCCAUCAAUGACCAAGCUGUAAAAAAUAUUUUUUUAACAAAAGCCAUUGGUGUAAUUUUGAUUAUUGGCGUUACAGAAACAAUCUUCAAGUUUUGUAAGGUUUUGUUUUUUGUUAGGUUAUGUACUUUCCGCACAUAGUUGCUUCAAACCGAUUUUUAUGCCCAAUAUGCCCAAUGCUCGACAUAAAACGGGUUAACAACUCCAUGCAUAAAACGCGAGGCAGACAUCUGUUGAAACGAUGGGAAGAACCUUUCUAAUUGAAAAAAAUAUUUUCAAGCACACUUCAUAUUCGUAAGCAUGGUUUGAUUGAACAUUUCACUACGAUUCUAAAUGUCCACCGCUUAAUCGAGCUGUUGGUGAAUUCACCAUAGUAGGCCGGUGAAUGUGAACAAUGGUGAAUAUAGACGUCAACAUAUUGCUCCGUGAACUGCUAUUGUUGUUGUAUUUUUUAAUAGCGCGUUAUGGAUGUUUUUUGUGAGAGGAUAUGUUUAUUUGUUUAUUGUGUUUUAGAUAUGACAUUCAUCUGACAACAUCGUCUUAAUGAAUAAAAACUUGUAAAAUAGACGAACAAAACAUGCAAAUAUAACACUAAAACAUAAUAUUAAACACAUCCGGAUUCUCAAUUUUCUUAAGCGUAGUGAUGGUUCUCUAAAGUCAAAAAACUGCUCUACGAACGAGAAGGUUCUGAUCAUUUCCGUUAUCGGCUCAGGUUGACCAAAAGAUGAACGAUAUGGAAGCGGUUACAGCAAAAAUGAGGAUCGUAGAAGUCUGCUGGGAGCGCGAAAGUUAACCCUCUCGAGCAAGUUAGGCGCAUCGACUUCACCACAUAGAAGUUUGGCAACGAAGGUGGCUUGUUGGAAACGCCUGUGAUGCUCAAGAGCAUUCAAUUGCAGCAAUCGGCAUCUAGCUGUUUACUACGGCAGACUCCGCGGAUCACGCCAAGGUAGAUUCCUAAGCGCUCUACGGAUGAACCAUUUCUGAAUCCGUUCAUUCCUGGUGAUCCAUAUGUGUUGGUAAGGGCUCCAUACUGCAGAUGCGAUUUCAAGAAUUGGCCGAACAAGCGAGCAGAAGAGUAAUUUCAGGCAGUAGGGAUAAGUAAAGUCCCUAGAAAUUCUCGAAAUAAACCCAAGCUGACGAUUGGUCUUGGCGACAAACGAAAUCAUCGAUCGUUUAGUUGAAGUUGGCUGGAGUUGGCUGUUUUUUUCGAUGGAAGCUCAUGAUGACACACUUAGUUAUGCUGAUGGUUAGUUUGUUCAGGCGACACCGACUCAAGAACUGGUCAAGCAAGCUCUGUAACCGACGGCAAUCCUCGACAGUUUUGAUGGCUAGAUAGAUUUUUAAGCCGUCUGCUUAGAUCGACACACAGUCAGAGGCUAGAAUAUGCGACACAUCGUUAUAGAAGAUCGCGAACUGCAGUGGUCUCAGAUUGCUGCCUUGCGGAACUCCCGAAGAAACAGCAAACGGCGAUGAAGUGUGAGACAGGAGCUUGAUACGAAGCGUUCUUCCAGAAAGAUAUGACCUCAGCCAAUUGAUGAAUCUGUCGGAAGCACCAAGACGGGAUAGUUUUCUCAGUAGGAUGCGAUGAUCAAUUCUAUCGAAAGCGGCUUUUAAGUCGGUGUAGAUAGCAUCAACUUGAGCGCGUUCCUCUGACGGUUGAUACAAAACGAUGAGAACUCGAGAAGAUUGGUGCAAACCGAGCGUCCUGGCAUAAAGCCAUGUUGUGCUGGUGAGAUGUAACUCUUCACUUCAAAAAAGACAGCAUCAUUCACGAUCAGCUCAAAAAGUUUAGAGGCGGCAGAAAAGCUGGUUAUGCCACGAUAGUUAGCCACGUUACACUUGUCACCUUUUUUAAGCAAGAGAAACACGAAGGAAUGUUUCCACACGUCUGGGAAAAUCCCUUGACUCAGCGUCGACGCGAAGAAGUGGAAUGCUCCAAGCUUGAGACAUUGGAGAUUUCGUUCGUGGAGUAUUCGUCACAAGCCAGCUGCCAACGAUUUCGCAAAAACGCGUCGCCAUUAACGUCCUGACUAAGGGCACUCCAAUUGUAGCUACUCAAAAACUCGUUAAAUACAACAAAAUUAUUUUUUGCGUAAUUCAACGCGUUUUAUUCGCCUUCGUUCCGAUCCUCAGCAGCCAACACUACUUCUCCUGUAGCCGAUAAUGACAGUACUAACGGAGGAUGAUGCAAAUUAACCGCUAGCAGUGGCGAUACAGAUUCGUUGAUAGCAAUGUUAAUAUCGGGAGCACAAAAAACUAGAUCCAGUGUUCACGAAAAUUGCGAAUGAAGUUGCGCUGCUGGAGAUCGAGAAAAGAUGACUCCAUCCAAUAGGACAGCACUCGCCGCAAGGGUCAAAGAGGGAUUCAGAUCAACAACAGAGUUAGCGUGUAAUUCCCAUGCAAUAUGGUGCUGAUUGUAAUCGCCACAUACCAAUACGGUGUCAUCAGAAGACGCUCGGUCACACUGCUCUCGCACAGAAGACAAAUGGGAAUCAUAAAGCCCCACGUAACGACUGCGAUCGGGAGGAAUGUAUACAGCGCAAAGUAACAUCAUUUUCCCACGUAUGGUAGUGGAGCCACAAAUCUGUUUCCAUUCCUCGUUUGAACCGCUACAGCAGAGAAGUGAUGAGCUACUGCGAUAAGGACACCACCAAACCUGGACUUGUUGGAAGGACUAUGAUCACAACCGGAAAACGUUAAACUCAGCUCCAAAUAGCUGUAUGAAGUUGAUGCUGUCGUCAACUCCUGUUUCAGUCAACAUAAUGACGUCGUAAUUACAAUCGCAUACUGCUACAUAGAGAUCGUCAAUUUUUAGCCGUACAUCAUUGGAAGUCGUGUCGUCGCUCCUAAAAAUGAGAGGCAGAUCGGGUUGCGAAUGGUGCUCGAUUGAAUCGUACUCGCCUAGAGAGGCACGUUGGAAGACCCCUUCCCCAGUUAUCCGAGAGAUGGAGGUUGAAUUGGAAGAAUUCGUUCAAACGGAAUUCAGCUCCGAGUACGAAGUGUCUCCAAAUAGUUUGUGUCACUGUGUCACUGAUCGUUUACCUCGAAUCCAAUUUCACUCAGGUUUCCAGACGUUGUCAUCAACUCGUCGACGUAGUCUUCAACGGGACCGAUUUUUUUUCCCAAUUUCACCGACGUCAAUUUUUCUUAACCAUUCCCACUAACAACUAUCCCUUCCAUGAUAAACGCUAGGGAGCCACGGUAUAGAGGCGACCAUUCUGGCCUUUAGGCGGCGAAUAUUCUACUAACAUUCCUUCCCUUCCCCUGGUGACUGUAAGGACGUGGCCGGCCUCGUUAUUGACCAUUUGAAGCUCGAAUCACCGAAAAUUGCACAACGAGAAUGAUUUGCUAGCGUCAUACUGUGUGUUAUUUGUGCAAUUUGCAGCUAAUAUCCGAUCACUCAUAUCAGGAUUAAUCGCUUGUCCUCUCAUUGACUUCGCUGCCUUCCAGGUACCUUCACUGAUCUGCGUCAUCUUCAUUGUGAAAACCCAUGAUGCAUUAUUUUCACGUCCACGCAGCUUCUUCUUGUUCGAUAGGUUUACAGGGUUACCAGUGAUACGUACAACGCCUCCGGACUGAAGGCUGACAGCACACCGCCGUUUGACGCCCUUGUACUUUCACUCAUAUUGCUUCCACCACCUGGACCGUGUUAUCUCUUGGAAUCAUGGCUUCGAAAUUAAUCUAGAUCUUCUCGUGUGACUUCUCGGAAUUUUCCGGCCCUGGUCAGCCUGGGCCUAUAACCACCUGUAAGUAGAAAUAAAAUAUUUGCGUUCUGGUCAAAGUCAAGGCGAGUCUAUGGUACUAGGUGAGACCGUUUUGGAACUAAGUGGCAGAAGGGAGUGAGUCUCUUUUGCUCUGUUUGAGUUUCGUCUUGUGGUUAUUUACAAUGGUAUCAUAUCGUGUUUCGGUGUUCUACAAUUUUAUUGCCAUCUGUCUCGUAGUAGCCGGCUAUGGAACUCGCAUUCGCGAAUAAUCCGCACCGCGGAUCAUUCGCUCCAGAUAAUCGGGGUUCUACUGUACUCGACAAAGACGUCGAUUUCGCCUCCUUCGUGUGUUCAACCAACGGAAGCGCCACCAAAAGUAAGCACAUCAUUCAAAUCAUCCAUUUUUACCAAGUGUGUAUUUUAUCCGAAUUAAGUGCGAUUCACAUACAACAUCCACGUCACGUCACGUUACGUCAAUUAUUCUCCCAUGCAAUUUUUAUGAAAACAUUCACAUACACCGGCAACGGAAACUUCGACUUGCCGUUGAUGGUGUAUGUGAAUGCUUCCAUGAGAAUCGCAUGAAAGAAUAAUUGACGCAACGUGACGUGGAUGUUGUAUGUGAAUCGCACUUUACUUCAUUGAAGCUGGAUGUUUAUUUACUUCACGUUCACUGGCGAACAUUCAAUGUGACUGUGAACGUGAACAUUCCAUUCACCACGAUUUUCUGAUUUGUUUGUACAAGUUCAAGUUCACGUUCACGGGAGGUCUAAACCAGGCUUCACAGGAAACGAAAUUAAAUACCAGUAUUUGGAACUUUCUCCUCCUCUCUUUCUUCCUUAACGUUGUUGAUGGAUGCGUGAACGUACACGCGUGAACGCACGCACACGCACACAAAUGAAUCUCAUUUACUUAAGUUUGUUGUUUAUUGUUUGAUUGUUACGAAGAAAUUCACACACACACACACACAUACUUACGCGGAAACAGGCAAAACUAAAAACAACGCUGCGUGUGUGGGAUGUGCUGCGGGACUUUCACACCUAGAAAUUGUUUAUAUGUAUAAUUUUAGCGUGUAAGAAACUAGUUUGUAGCGGCGAGGUGAGCGCGAGAAGCGAUGUGUUCGGCGAAACACUUAUUUUCUCGCAAGCACACAGAAAAUUUCAAAACAUUUCUCUCGAAAGAAAUAAAAACAAAAUAAGAAAAGGAGGAAAAACAAAAAAUUAAACUCAACGCUCUUGAAACCUUGUAUGAGUGUGUGAGAAAGAGAGAACGAGAGAGCGCGAGAGAAUGAGGUGAAAUAGAAACAUGAAAAAUAUUAACUUGUAAGAAGAAAAUUAAAUAUGAUGAAUGAUGAGAGAAAGAGGAGGAGAAAAUAAAAAUGCAAGUAGGAAAGUAUAAAUAAUUUUCUAAUAGGUCUAAACUAAAAACUAAGCUCGAGUACUCGUGCGCCGGUUCGAAUGCGGAAAAAAACGUUGCGCGAGAGAAAAAGGAACAGUGAUUAAAAUAAUCAUUUAAAAAAAAUACAUAUAGAUAUGAGCUAGGAGCAGUCAGUAAGAAUCGAUGUGAGAGAUAAUUAUUAUUAAUAUUGUAAUUAAAGAAAAAAAACUACACUUAAAAUGUGCGCGCAUAUUUAGCGAAACAAAAAAGAAAAAAAUAAACAAACAAAAGAGCAGAGAAAUGAAACCGAUGUGAAAUUCGGAACGGUAGUAAUUUAGUGAAAAUUGACAACACAGGAGCUAAAACACGAGCGACGACGAGGGCGUUCCGAGGCACUGCUGGUGCCAUCUCGUGGCAAGGCGCGCUUGUGAGCGAGGUUAGGUUUUUAUCGGCGGAAACAGUGGAAUCAGCAGCAGCAAUUCAGUUGUAGUAGGAGGAAACCAGCAGGAGGAAGCCGGAACAAUUUCUUUCCCUGCACUGUAAGUUUGUAAUUUGUGUACAACAACGCAUCAUCCGUGUAUGUCUCCGUUCUAAAGUUGAUUAGGUUAUGGCGUAAUUUAAUUGUCAACAUUUUUUUAUUUAUUUGAUAGUCAUUUUUUUUAAAUAAAGUGGAAAAAACAAAUCAAUUAUUCAGUUUUUUUCGCCUGUCAAUUAUUUUAUUAUCAUUUUUUUACGAAUAAAACGUACAUACUUACAAUUUGAAACGCGUGUUUUUCUUUCGUCUUCUUUCUUUCCCUGAUUUUCAUUCCAAUCAGUUUUCAGUUUGUGUGAUCGCGCGGAUUCCCGCGUCAUUUUGGACGACAAACAAAACAAAACGAGAUAUACAAAUAUGAAAGAAAUUACAGAGCUGAAGCGGAAACCAAGAAAUACAAAUAAUGCUGCGUAAAGGUGACACAAGAGACAAACUAACAAACAAACAAAAUUAAACGAGAGCGGAAGAAAAGAAACACGAGAGAGCGAGCGAGAGAAAAAAGAGCGCAGAAUAAUUGAACGGAAAGAAAACAACAUUAAAACCUUUGUAAUUGUAAGGAACAAAAGAAGAAACACGGAAACACAAAAUCAUUAUGAUUAAAAAGUAAAUAGUAAGAAAAAAUAAAUAUUUAAAAACUAUUGAA